UUUCCUUCUCAGUCAGUGCCGGGGUAACUGCAGGAGGAAGGGCGAGAGAGAGUGCAAAGACAUCUGCACUUGUGAACCAACUCUCAAAGAUCAAAGGAACCCCUCCACACAGUGUGGUCUGAUCCCACCAAUCCCUGUUAACCACACGUUUUCCUCUGAUCUGUCUGUUUUCCUACUCCUUGCAGCCAUGGCACCCACACUGGCCACGGCAUUCGCCCGUCGCUGGUGGAUGGCGGUAACGGCUAUCAUUGAAAACUUGCUCUUCUCUGCUGUCCUACUGGGCUGGGGUUCCUUACUCAUCAUGCUAAAGUCUGAGGGCUUCUAUUCAUACCUCUGCACUGAGCCAGGCAAUAGCUCGAUGGCAAACUUCUCCGUUCCACCUGUGUCUUCAUUAUUGUCUGAUGAUGCAGAAUAUGAAUAUGACGAGUUCCAAUCCGUCCAGCAUGAUAGUGGUGUGGAGGUGGUCCCUCUGAAACAUCCAGAAGACCACCUGAGGAUGAACGGAUGGCUGAUCUGUAAGGAGCAGGAUGAGAUGCUCAAUCUGGCCUUCACCGUGGGCUCCUUCCUCCUCAGCGCUAUCACGCUCCCUCUUGGAAUCGUCAUGGACAAAUAUGGCCCACGCAAUCUCCGUCUGCUUGGCAGUGCCUGCUUUUCCCUCUCGUGCCUUAUGAUCGCUUAUGGAGCCAGCAACCCAAAUGAUCUGUCGGUCCUUAUCUUCAUUGCUCUGACCUUUAACGGCUUUGGAGGAAUGUGUAUGACCUUCACUUCACUUACGUUGCCCAACAUGUUUGGUGACCUUCGUUCCACCUUCAUUGCACUUAUGAUUGGCUCAUAUGCUUCCUCGGCUGUCACCUUUCCUGGGGUCAAGGUGAUCUAUGACCUUGGCAUUACCUUUAUAAUGAUUCUGGUGGUCUGGGCAGGCUGUGCAGGUCUCGUCUUUUUCAACUGCUUCUUCAACUGGCCCCUGGAGCCUUUUCCUGGUCCCGAGGACAUGGAUUAUUCUGUCAAGAUCAAAUUCAGCUGGCUGGGCUUCGACCACAAGAUCACUGGCAAGCAGUUUUAUAGGCAGGUGACGACAGUCGGUAAACGUCUGAGUGUCGACAACACUCUGAAACAGAAAGAGCUCGCUGCCAAAGAGGGUCACAAACUCUGCCUGUCCACCAUGGAUCUGGAAUUGCAGUGUGAGCAAAAGGAGGAGUCUCAGUCGUUCAUGCAGAGUAUUUUUAGUCCCCUCUUCAUUUUGAGUCUGGUAACCAUGUGUGUGACUCAACUCCGUCUCAUCUUCUACAUGGGAGCCAUGAACAACAUCUUGGAGUCUCUAAGUGGAGGAGAUCUUAACACAGUUGAGAGAAUGGAACUGGUGAGCCUCUACACGUCCAUUUUCGGUGUGAUGCAACUCUUAUGCCUGAUGACUACUCCGGUCAUCGGUCAGAUCAUGGAUUGGAAACUCAAGGAAUGUGAUGAUGGAGAAAUCAAUGAAAAAGAGGCCAACAAGGAUGAGCCCCAACCCAAACGCAGAGACAGACAGAUUCAGAAAGUGACCAACGCCACACGGGCCUUCAUCUUCACUAACAUCCUCCUCGUCGGCUUUGGAAUCACCUGCCUGAUUCCUAACCUCCCUCUUCAGAUGCUCUCGUUUGUUCUUCACACCAUCGUCAGAGGCUUCAUCCACUCAGCCAUUGGUGGACUUUAUGCUGCUGUAUACCCAUCCACUCAGUUUGGCAGUCUGACCGGAAUGCAGUCUCUGGUUAGCGCUUUAUUUGCACUGCUGCAGCAGCCUUUGUUUAUGGCUAUGAUGGGACCACUAAUGGGAGACCCACUCUGGGUGAAUGUUGGUCUGCUAGUACUUAGUAUGCUGGGCUUUCUGUUACCUCUCUACCUGCUGUACUUCAGAAAAACUCUGCACAAAAAGAGGAAGGAGAAAGAAAACAUGGCUAAAAUCUACCUGAAAAUCAACGGCAGUGAUGUACCAGAGGCAUUUGUGUAGAGAAAGCAGAUAAAGGAAAAACUUGAGACUAAAAAAAGAAAGAAAAUAACAUGGGAAAUUUGCUGUCCUUUUUCAUCGUCAUAUGAGUUUCAUUUAUUUUAAUUUACAAAGUCAAAACUCAUAUAUUUGAAAUGGGAAAUAAUUAUAUGUGGAGUGUUCAUGCAGUCAAACCCUAAUUUAAAAACAAAGCCUGUGUGCUUUAGAAAUACAUUUCUGCUUAUUGCAUAUUAUAAUAUAGAAUUUUUCUUGCUUUUGCAAGAUUUGUAUAUACUGUUAUGUUUAAGAGAAGGGCUAAAGAAACCAUCAUGGCCACACAGAUCAUUCAUUCAUUCAUUCUGCUAACCUCCACAUGUUAUUUUACUGAUGUAAAAUGAAUGUAGUCUUGAGUGUAAACCCCCAGUUUUGUGUAAAAAAAUAAAAUAAAAAUGGAGCAAAACAAAACAUAAAAAAAAAAAACAUAAAUAAAUCCCCAGCAGGUUUAAAGGCCAAUAAAUGCUUCUCCAAGAAGAAUAGCUAAUUUCAGAUCAUAAGUAACCCUUGUUUUAGAGAAUUACGUACCAUAAAUGUACAAUGAUCUCAUGGGCCUACAAGGUAACACCUUUUAAUUCUUGUUAUAGUAAACCAUGAUAUAUGGUACCUUAAGGUGUAAUGGAAGAUAUUACAUACUUUCAGCUCUGCAAUACCAUUGUAUGCGCAAAACACAACUUGCCAGAACAUUGUGCAUUAAUAAUGAUUCACAAAGUGGAGUUUUACAUAUUUGUAAUGAAAUAACAUUUAUGAAAAUGAAACAAGGAAGCAUAACACAAUCUGAUCACUUUUGAUCACAGUAGUUUAGGAAAGCCCUGAUUUAUACAUGUCAGUUUGUAUAUGUAUAUAUAUAUAUAUAUAUAUAUAUAUAUAUAUAUAUAUAUAUAUAUAUAUAUAUAUAUAUAUACA